AUAAUUGUGGGAGGGAUUCGCAAACGAAGCGUGAUUUUAUCUAGUUUGAACAGCUCUAUAUGCAAGUUUCUAACGGUAAGAAAUACACGUGUUUGUUCCAAAACAGAUUCCAUUCGCCAAAUCCAUUACACUCCAUUCUAGUGUAUAGCUAUCUAUGAUACCAAUACAAAAUCUCGAACCGCAAACCAUCACGUAAGCAAUGUAUAGAAAAUUUCUAAUUGUAAGUAUUACGUCUCAUGCUCCGAUCAAAUCCGGUCACUGUAAAUUAAACCAUACAUUUGUUACGUAAAAUGUAUAAUACCUAAAUACGAAUAACAGUUUUCAAGGACGUGGUUCAAUGAUGAAAAGUUAAAUACACAAUUUGAAUCGGUAUAGCUGAUUAUGGAGAAGUUUCAAAAAAUUAGUAUCUGCAUCCUAAUAAUUCAGGGGGGCGAAUAGCGAUUUUUCAAAUAAUUAAACUGGCUGAAGCUGACAUGGUAAUGGACAAUGUGUAGAUACUGAGGUGCGAUUUGGUCCAGGUAACAUGACGAGGACAGGUAAUUGAGAUAUUUUUGGAAGCAGGAAAAUCAGAGUGUCGCGGUUGAGAGUCUUAAUGCAAGCAGUUAUGACCAUUUGGGUGUGAGAAGCCUGUUUUUUGUAAGUGCUUCGUGCUCAAACUCUCGGUAGGGACACCGUGACACACAUCAGUGGCAGCACACUAACGGUAUCCCCAAGUUGACCUACUCUUGAAGCCGUUCGUAGUCGUCGCACCUCUCUCCCUAGUCGGCCGACCAGCCGUAUCUACUGUUUCACUCUGCAACCGAACUGGGUACACUUUUUCCUUCGAACUACCAUGGGUACCCUGGUACCGGUGACAGCCAGUAAUGAGAGCCCCCUUGACUGCAGAGGAGCUUCUGUCUGACAUGUCUGACAUGUAGUCGUCUGUGGUGGGUACCACGAUCACAUCACAAACAACACCUCCAGCAACCCCAUAGUCAUCGUACUUGGAUGGCUAAUAUCGUGUCUUUUUGAAGUGCGUGUUUCGUUAGUGCUGCACUGCAGAGUGUUUGACUGACAAGCUCGAUCGUUGCCCGAGUGUACUGUUCACUAUUUUAGUGAACCAGUGACCCAAAUUUUUGGAUUAAGGUGAACCUGCACCUGCCAAUAAACACUUUAGCUAUGAGGAUUGUCAUGUUGUUUAUAUUUUUGGUGCUUGAGCUCCUGGUUAUUGGAUGUCAAGGAUUUGGAAGCGGCGGUCCAAGUAACCUUGGCUACGAUGCUUCUUCGGCUUGCAGCAAGCCAUACUCUAGGGCGGCAAGGGCUCGUUUUGAAAAUCUUCCUUGCGAUUUUAAACGCCAAAACUGGUGUACCGUUGCCGGAAGCACUUAUCCAUGGCACGCGGUGCGUCGGUUUGUACAGGAGAAUCAAGGAUUGAUGAGACGAAUGUACGGGGAUGAAAGACACAUCAGCGUUCUGAGAGCAGAGAUUGAAAAUAAUGACGUCAGUGAGCCUGAUAUAGACGAUGAAAUUUUUGAACAAGUUGAAGAUUCGAGAAACUUCGAGCGUGAAGAUGAAUUCAAGUUCGAAGAUACCGAUCAAGAAAAUAUGGAAGAUUUCGAAGACAGAAGCUUCACGAGCAGAGCUUUUGACGAUUCUGGCGGUAGAAGGAGAUUCAGUAAAUUCCCGAAACUGGGAGAUUACCCGAGACCUCAAUUCCGACCUGCCAGCAGUUCCAGGACGACUACGACGACAACGCAGACGUCAACCACAACGACUACUAACAGGCCUACAACAGAAUUAUCAGUUAACGACGACGCGGAGGAAUCGACGAAAAAUCCUAGCGACCGUCAAAACUCUACAAGUACCGAAAGAACUACGACUCCGGUUACAACGUUAGCACAAAUUGCGAAUAUACAAAAUCUGAGCAUAAACGAAAUCCCAGGACAGCUCGAUAAGCUGGAGGUGAAUUUAGAAAACCUUACAGACCUCCCUGAAAUCGUGGAGUCUACAACCGAUCGUACGACAUUUGAAACCGGCGUAACGACCGACCUACCAACAACGAUAAUCGUCGAUCGUAUCGAUGUACUGGUCCAAGAUGAACCAGCUAGAAACAAUUUAAAAGUGAACCCGAUUGUUGACCAGGUAUUUGCUGCGUCGGAGCAGCAUUUUAGGCCUAGACCAGAAUACAGACCACCAGAAGUUAGGCCUGCGACAGCCGCAACUGACAUGGAGGGUCAACUAUUUCAAGACGUCGCAGCAAAAGAUCAGGCUCAACAUGUUUUGAAACUAAGGGGAGUAAAUGCGUGUCCCGUAAAAGAGGAGGUAGUAGCACCGUUUUGGGCAAACAAUACUCGCGGCGAAGUGCUCGCCCUCCUGAAUCUUUAUCCAUUCGAGCAGUACGUUCAUUGGGAGAAAUGCACAAAUGAAAACAAACAGAUGUACUGCAGAGAUGGAUGCAGAUGCGAACAGCAGUACAGACUUCACAGGCUGUUGGCGUACGAUCCAAACAACGAAUGUCGUGGGAUUUUCAGUGACUGGUUUAAAUUUCCGAGCUGCUGCGUUUGUCGAUGUUAUGAUUUACCGGUAGAAUUUCGUGUUACAUCGCGAUCACCACGAGCGCAAAAACCACGCCGCAAACUAACAGAUCAAAUCCCCUCUGAGUGGUACAGACACGGAGGGUAGAUUUUCAAUUGCGAACGAUCUGGCAUAUAAUUUAUUGCUACAUCCGGCGAUAGCUGAAUAAUCACGGGAAGCAAAUCAAGUUUGGUAUUUACUUUGCGAGUUUCAAAAUUGAAUACGAUAAAACUGUACAUUAUCUAUGCGGACUUCGUUACUUCCUCCAGCCUCAUAGAGGACUGCGUUCGCAAGUUAAAAGUAUGUUCGCGAUAACAAGAUUGGAUCUACUGAAAUACUCAUAUUUUUAAUUUUAUGUAUGAUAUUUGUCGUUGAUUUAUAAAUACAACGACAAGAAUAUUGCAGUGUCACAAAUAGAUCACUUACGAAUAAAUCUCCCAUGAAUAUUGUAACUGCAACGCUGCGACAGCUGACGAACCCAAUAUAUCGCAUACGAUCUGGUUGUAAUUAUUAUUAUUAUUAUUAUUAUCAUUAUUAAUAUUAAUUUGUUGAAUAAUACGUAUUUAUAUUUACCUAGUUUUUUUUUACCAUGAUUUGCAAUAAAAAUAAUUCCCACUGAUGACUUGUAUUGUCAUACGAUCGUAUUUUUCUAUAUCAUGUGUGGAUAUGAUAGGCAUUCUGCUGGUUUUCUGCGACUAGAAUAAUGAUCAAUCAAUUAUGACCUGAAUUCAUUUCACACGACUAUUUAUAAUCCCCUAAAUUGCCAUUGAAAGCCGCGGAAAAAUAACUAAUAGUUUUAUCCUAAGUCUGGGAACAAAGUUAUAUUUAAUCGCAUUAUGGAUAACAUAUUAUUACUACUUAUUAAUAUUAGUAUAUAAAUGAAAUGGACAAGAAAUAUUCUGAUGAUUGGAACCGUUAUUCGUUAGAAUAAUCGGGGAAAAAGAAAAGAAGAAAAAAAAUAUUAUAUCAAUAUUGGACAAGGCUCGUGACUGGAAUGAUAAUUUUCCAUUUCUUGUUAUUUCAUUGUUUUAAUACUAUUAUUUAAAUUAUGAUAUAUAUACACCAUAUUCCUUAACUUAGUAGGUAAAAUAUAAUAACAAUGAUAUUACAAACUAAAGCUGCCUAUCGUCAUAAAAAUUAUCCUAUAAAAUUCUAAAUAUUGAAUAUCUCUGAAGAAUAUUAUAAUAUCGAUGUGAAUAUAGAUUACAUGUCUCAAAAUGUAAUGUUAUUUUAAUGGCUCUUGUUAUUAGUUUCACUAAUAUAAAAGACAAAGUAAGAGAAAAAUUCAAAAUUUUGAAUUUUCUUACCACUUUUGAUCCUGGAACAUUAGCCAGUGAGUAUCCGUUUUCUAUAACAACAAUUGCAUGUAAUUCUCGUACACUUUGAACACGUUAUAUACGCACAAUAUAAAUGCUGUUCUAUAGAAGAAAAGAAAUGAAACAAUGAUAAACGUUGAACGUUAAUACUAUUAUUGGGCAUCCACUUAGAGCAGAAAUUGCUUAAAACAACCUCCUUUUUCAACAAUACUACCUAAGAUUACUGUAUAUGAAUCAAUGUCAAAUAUAUAUUAUAUAAAGAAGCUGUGUAUAAAUAUAAAUAUUUAUAAAUACGUGCUAAAAACA